GUUUCGUUUUACAGUGAGUAAGCAGCUUUGCUCAACAGAUGACAGUUGACCGAAGAGACGUGACAAUGAUUAGAUAUAGAACUGUCGUAAAAUUUCUCUUCAUUGUUGGGAUCCUAUUUCAAGGCUGUGAUUCAGAAGUAAAAUGCAGGAAUGACAAAGGAAACGAGGUGGACUGGUAUAUUUUAUACAAGUUGCCCAAAGGAGAUGAUGAGGGUUUGUCAUAUCUGUACAUGGAUGAGGGAACCAGAGGAUGGGAACUCAGCAAAAAGACAAUCAACAGUAAAUCUGGCACUCUAGCGAACACCCUGAAACCUCUUCUUGACUUCUACGACAGAAAGAUUGAAGGCUUUGGAUACAUGCUUUAUAACGAUCAACCUCCAGAUCCGUAUGUUGCUCCUGCAUCAUUUGGCCACAGUAAAGGAGUCGUGAUGUUGGACAGACAAACUGGAGUUUGGCUCUCACACAGUACACCAAAAUUUCCAACAUAUCGCAGCAAAGACAUCUGGCCGAAAAGUGGAAGCAUCAAUGCUCAAACAUUUAUGUGUGUGACUUUUUCCUAUGAUAAAUUCAAAGAAAUAGGACUGCAGCUCAUGUACAUCCAUGUUUAUUCAUAUGACUCUGACAUCCCAAAAACCUUCCACAAUGAGCUGCGAUGUGUUGCACAAAGAAGCUGCUACCCAAAGAUUGAACCCUGGUUUAGAGUGACGAUGCUGACUUCAAUGAAAGGACGUGGUUUCUCCAGCUUUGCGAAAUACACACGUUUUGGGGAUGAUCUUUACUCCGGACUUAUCGGAAACUAUGUGAAGCAGAACCUGUAUGUCAAGAGUUGGGGAAAGAUGCGUCGCCCUCUGCCUUCUAAUUGCAGCAUCCCUCAGCAUGUGUACAAUGUAAAGGAAGUAAAUCUCCUCAACAUACAGUCCUUCAGUGAUACUGUAGAUCACUCCAAGUGGUGUGUGACACCUGAUGGAGGAUGGACCUGCAUUGCUGAUAUGAACAGGGAAAUGAGUCAGAUGAACAGGGGUGGAGGAGCAAUAUGCACCAGUGACGAUGCAGUUGGGAGGGCUUUCUACGGACUGAUCACACACUACGAACCCUGUGAGCCUCCACGUUCUGACGCUCAACACAGAGAGCUUUAAUGUAGAUGAAACACCACUAAAUUUCCAGACACCAUGUUUUGGUGUAUGGCCUAUUAACCCCUGUCUUUUGUGUUCAGUAUUAUGCAUUUUUAUCAAUGAAAAACUUCAAUGUUUUUAUUUUCAAAAUCACAUCUUAAGAAUUAACUUCUACACAAAUAGUCUAUUAAUAAAAAUAAUUCAAUAAUGGAAAUGAAAUAAAUUGAAAUGACACAAAAUUAAAACAAUUAAAGUCUCAAAACUAGAUUUUGAAAGGAGGACCCUCUUCAAGACAGGGUAUUAAGGCAGGCCCCACCCUAAGGCCUUUAUCACAUCAAUUGAUAAUGUGCUUUAGUAGUGUAUAUUCCUGCACACGUUUUCAGCUAAAUCUUCACAAACAAGCUGACACACACCAUACCCAGAGCAGUUUGGGCCCCUGAAACUUUCAUGUUAGUAAUGACUAACUAGAUAAUUCAUAGUUCCCAGGACUACUUUGUCCUGAGAGAAGCAAAAAAAAAGAACAACAUAACAAAUAAGACCAUAAUGGAGCCAUCAAACUAGCACCUGAGAAGUUAAAUCUGCUUUGUUCAACCAAUCAAGAGCUCAGAGGCUCCAACUCCUGCACUAUGUCCUUCCAUAUUCCUUAAUUCUUAGCAGGUUUUGAGUAUGUGUUCACAUAAAAUAACAAAUACUCACAGAAGUCACUGUACAUACUAAAAUCAUACUGAUGCUAAAAACUCUUGAUUUUUGAGUGUGCUGUUGAUGGAGAGUAUGGUCUCGCCAUCUUAAGUACUGUGAAGAGGUUUUUAGUUCCUCCAGUGUGUUCAUAAAAGCAAUUAGCACAAUCAAAUAACAAACACUGAUAUUAUGAUUGUUAUCACAUAAAGUGACUGUAUUGUUGUAUCAUGUUGUAUCAAGGUCAGAAUACAACCUUCAUGAAAUCUGAAAAUUAGAACUUUUAAUUUUUUGAUUUGUAGUUUUGUUUGGCUUCUGAAUGCUUUCUUUCGAUGAGAAAGCAUGUUUUAAUUUGUUCUAAAGGCUUAAGAGAACCAGAUGGGAGCGCUGAUUCAGAUUGUGUCAAGUGAAUUGCCAAACUCAGAAAAAUGCAAAUACAAUAGUAAACAACAACGCUUCAAUUAAAGAAUAUAUUCAUGUUCUUUCCAUUCCUUGCAGAUGUUAAAUGUGUACUGAAGAUGUAGGCCUGAAACAAACAUGCUGCAGACCUCAGUCAUUUCUGUAUCAUGUCCUUAUUUAAACUGAGUUCUACUGUGCGAUGAAGGGAGAUAAAGCUAUACGCUGACCUGAGCUUUUACCAAGCAAGCAAUGAAUCAUUGACGUUUUUGAGCGAGUAACAAGAAAGCAGAUGAUAAUGUGAGGGGUGUGAGUUUUGGUUUUAACAGUGAGGUGGUACAGAAUAAACUUGUUGCAAAAAGGGAUGUACAUUUCACUGUGAAAGAUCUCACAGUAAGAGUAGAAAAAUGGAGAUGGCAAAAUAUGUAAGUGAAAGAUUUACAUGAUUAAAAUCAAUGCUAAAAUGCAUUUAAACAAAAAAAGCAAGUGCUAAACUUUUAUUGUUGUUUAGACUAUCAUCCGUUUGCUGAAAUGCGUUAUUCUUAUUUGUUGUUUGUUUUUUAAGCUAUUUUAAUUCAGAUAUAUAAUGAAUAGAAACAAGUCAAUGUAAUGCUCAGUAGAAAUAUGAAGAAUAUAAAAAGGUUUCAUACCACAAAGGAAAUAAAGCUAAAUAUUAUUAGAUUUUUUGAAAAGAAUUUAACAAGGAUACUUGAAAUCCAAUUCUUACCUUUGAUCAUUCACCAGGUUAAAUUUGAGUUGAUUCUGAUUCAUCAUGAGUUCAUACACGUCACUCUUUUCUUCUUUUGUUGUAUAGUUAUUGAUUUUACUUCUUGUAGGUGUACAUUUUUGUAUUGUUUUGUUUUUGUGCCACGAAAAAGCAUCAUUAGGCUCUUGGUUGAGGUUGCGUAUGGCUUAAUGUUUGAGUAUCUCUGUACAAUGUAGUACAGCACUUAUAAAUAACUUGUGCAGAGUGUUACAUUCAGCAUAAUGCAUGUGUUAAAUGCAGAACAUAUGACUUCAAAUUUUACAUGCAAAUUUUUUAAAUUGAAGCUACAGCCAUACAUGCAGUCAAAAAUAAAAAAUAUUGCCCCUCUAA